UAUACUGUGACCGUGAUCUGUGAUUAUGUUAUGGUGUUGAUUGUAUGUUAUGUAUCUGUGCUUAUUUAAUGAAUUAACUCCUGCUGUUCGUAUAAUCUGAAAUUAAGGAAUUUUAAUUGUAUCGAAUCUGGACUUGGGAAUCAGGUGCUAUAUUAACAAAAAAAGAAGAGAAAGUGCCAUUCAUUUAUAUUCGAACGAUGUUGUGGGAUGAUGUUAUUUAUGUACUAUUGCUAUUACUUUCCAUAGUGUUCGGGCCGUUUUAUUGUAAAAUAGAAGGACUUCGUACAAAACAAUGGGUCGCGACCCUUUUCGGCUUCGCAUUAGUUGUCUGUGUUUCAGGACUGUCGGUCUUGCAUCCAAUCGUUACCGUUCUCAUCAACGCAGUUAUCGUAACCAACUUAUCAUGGAAAAAAUGUCACUUGAUCAGCCUAUAUUUCUCCUUUUUCUACUUACUGGUAAUCUUUCGAUUGGGUGACUAUUUUGGUUUACCGAGUCCACCAACUCACACGAAUCUCGUUGUAAUGAUUCUCACCUUAAAGCUAUCCGGGCUAGCAUUCGAAAUCAAUUCGGCAGCAACUGCACCAGCCGAUGAUGUUCAAGGAGCGAAUUCCGACGCGCUCAAGAAAAUUAAUUUCAUGGAUGUGAUACAUUAUAGCUUUGGUUAUAUGGGUGUACUAACAGGUCCGUAUUACCGUUACAGAACGUACUGGGACUCUUUGCAUAGACCGUUUUCCAACUAUGUUGAUCCAUGGCCACUCACCUAUUACAAACUCAAACAGAUCACGGCGUUCAUCAUGUUGUUUCUAGUGAUAAACUAUCUCUUUCCCAGCGACUACACGCAAACAGUAAUGUUCGAAGAGCACUGUUUCCUCUAUAGAUUUUUCUACAUGUAUCCGGCAUUCGCUGGUUUUCGACUGAGAAUGUUUAUCGGUAUGGCGUUGGCCGAAUGUGUCUGCCAAAUGUCAGGAUUAGGAGCUUACCCGGUCUGCUGUCAAUCCGCACCUGGUCUGGGUCCACGCGAUUACAAAAUGAUUGAAAAAUUAUCGCUUGAUCACGAGAGAGUGGAAAAAGAGAAACAGGAUUUCGAAACGGUGCAUAACAUGAAUGUGUGGGAAGUGGAAUCAUCUCCGUUUGUCAGGCACACGAUGAAAAUGUGGAAUACAUGCGUACAAUAUUGGAUGGCUGUGUGCAUUUACAAAAGAUUCCCUCAUAAAGGUUUAAGAACCAUCGCCACAAUGACUUUAUCUGCUCUAUGGCAUGGUUAUGCUGCCGGCUACUAUUUUUGCAUCUGUCAAGUCCCGCUCUAUCUACCUUUCGAGGACAUCUGUAUUAAAUUUUACAAUCAAUGCGAAGAAAAUAAAUUUGGCAAGAAGGCGUGGAGAUUCUUCCUCUGGUGGGCGAAACUUACAUGCAUGGCGUAUCUUGGUGUGCCCUUCCAAUUACUGCGCUUCCAAGAAAUAAUACAUUUUUACAAAAGUUUAUAUUUCUCCGGACAUAUCUUAGGGCUUGUAGCCUAUCUCGUCUCACGAACCCUAAAAACUCGCUUUCUUAAACAACAAACGGAAGAACAUAAAAAGAAAUAAUUUUUCUUGCUUUAUGUUAGCUUAAAAAAAAAAAGAGAUUCGCAUUUCAACGCGAAAGAAACAUGUUUCGAUUUAAUCAUUUGUUAAACUCUUGAUCCAUUAGAAGAAAUCGGUUUUCAAUUAUCAUUUGAUAUUUUUUUAUAAUUGUUAUUUUUUUUAUUUAGUAUAGUACUUUCUUUAAAAUCUUACGUAAAGUGCUAUACAAAAUGUUUCCUAACAUGUGAAACGCAUUGGAUGGGCGAUAGUUACAUAAUGAAAAAAGAUCCUAUAGAUAUGUAUCCUUUUGAUUUUGUUUCAGAAUUAUAGUCAUUUUUUUCUUGCAGUAAUGUAUAGUUGCUUAUCUUUAUAGGAAUAUUUGAAGUAACCUUUGGUUUAUAAAGCAUGCAAUCGUGUCAAAGAAUUUCUCAAUCUUUCUUCCAGGGCUCCGCUCCUUCCCCUACAUCCCCAUCCCGAUUUAUCCUGACCUACUCAAUCUUUAUGUGAUUGUGAGAUGAACUUCGGUUUGCGUGGAAGGUCAUUAAUUUCUGUAAGCAGGGAGAAUGGGGUAAAUUUUAUGUUCUAUUUAUAAAACAUUUUGUUAAUAACUUUUCAAUGAAUAACGAGCGCGGAUUAAAAUCUUCCUAGGAUCACUCAGAGCCAUGACCUUGACAAUGUAUUAUAUGUCAAGGUCAUCGGAGUCUUCAAUAUUUAUCGUAUUUUGAAUAUUUUAUUUAGAAGAAAUAGAUAGCUAAAGAAGAGUACAAAUUUUUGCGACGUUCAGGGAUUCAAACU